GUUAAUAAUAGGGUUAACUCAACCCUGGUGUAACAGAGUUAACCAGAAUAUAUGUGUUUCUGUGCAGGCGAAACAACGCACUGUGCCAUCAUGAUAAACGCCAAGUUAUCAGUAUGCUGCUCGUCUUCUGCAGCUGCUGUGCCACCGACGGCGCUUCGACACCAUGAAAGGCGGUUGCAGGCGGAGGAUGUAUUUGGACGAAAUGCCGAUGCACAGCUCGAUUCCGCAUGUGUUUCUGCUGAAGGGUCGGCGACCCGAUUACGCGGGGGGUGCUCUCCAUUGCGUUGCGCUGGCGCCUCAGGCCUGCUGACGCGUCGUGCCCCUCAGGCUUAUUUCCUGAGACGGCAAGCGCACGGCCACACGGAGGACAGCUCUGUGAACCUCAACUGUGGGUGCUUGUUGCAAGACGCGUGGAGGCCAAGGGAACAUGUGGUGUCUGCUUGGGCGCCUUUCUUGUCGCCAAAUGACUCACAAGGGGGGGCGAUUGGUCCCAGGCUAUCAAGGCCGUGUAAAAGGUGGUCGCAAUGCACGUGCCACCUGGGCGGGACUGGUCUAUCUGUGGCCCCACCUACACUGGAUGAUAGUGAGAGUGAUGGCUGCGGCUUCGAACUCCUUGAGGCCAACAUUCUGCGGUGUUCAGGUGGAGAUGCAGCUGGAUCGGAUUUUGACGAACUCGACGCUACCUCAAGCGCGCAGAGGAACAACAACCACAGAGUAACAGACUGGGACAAGCUUCCGGGCGAUGAUGAAAGUCCACCAAGAUAUGACAAAUCUGGCGCUGGCCGUCUCCGCUGUGAUGAUGACAGCACACUAGCUUCACUACUACCGUCGGUGAUUCAGGUCCAGACAAAAGAGGAGCAGGAACAACUGUCGGGGACAGCAGCUCACCCGCGAGCACUUCAAGGUUGCACAUACGACCGACAGAGUGUUUCCAUGGAUUUCAUGGAUACCCUGGUGACCAGCAAGAGUGGCAAGAGGCACAUCUCCGUCAUGAUUGAUCGAUUCACCAAGUACACUAGACUAGUUGCCAUGCCAGAGACCACAAGGACGGACCAUGUCAUCAAGUUGUUCCAGGACAACUGGACACUGGGGCAGAUCGGCACUGCACUCCUGCUAAUACACGCGUUUCAAUCUGGGCCGUCCAUGGCGGCAUCAUCAGCGGCCCUCAUUCGUCAACCCUGGUACAUGUUAUUCAUUGCUUUGGCUGCUGUCGACCGGCUUGGCGGGCUAGCCACGUCGGUGGCUUUUGAGCGCGAUUGGGUAGUUCAGUUGGCAGGUUCCACCCGGCCAGUUGCUUUGGCAAAUGCGAACUCGGUUCUUAGAAGGACAGAGCUUGUCACUGAGGGCUGGGCACGAGCGCAUGAUGAACAAGUGUUUGACGCCGCGGAAUGCGAGUGGCAGGUCGGGUGUGGAGGCGAGUCUUUGGAACUCGGUAAUCCAGUCCUGACUGAGCAGCGUGUUCUGAUGGAGCUUGUUGAGCUUCUCCAUCGCUUGCAGGUCGGGCGGCUCCACUUGGAAUCGCUUGUGCCAGGCGUCAGUCAGUUCCUGCCAAGUGAGCUUGGUGUGCAGUUCCGACACUGCUACACCGUGGCUGGUCAAUAUGUUGUCCAACCAUGCUUGACAUGCACCACCAGAUCGGUGAUACAAGCACGCAUGUCGAUCGUUGUUCAGGACGUGGUGCAUGUCGAGCCUGAGAGUGAACUGGCGCCACCACGGGAUCGGUUCCGUCUUGGACUGAUCGCAGAAAACUGGAAUGUCAUCCAGUUUGGGUGGGCGUCGGGAGGAUGCGGCCGCUGGCAUCACGGUAGCAGCAGCCUGGACCUGCGUCUCCAACUGCAAGUUUGUUGCUUGCUGCGACGUCCGGAAGUCCUGAUGCACACGCUUGAUGUUGCUGACGUCAUCCUCCAAAACUUGAACACGGGUGGCAAGGUUGGAAGGCCCUGGGACAGCUGCAGCGACUGGCUGUUUCUCCAACGCCUGCAGCCGUACAAGCAUCUGGUCCACUGUCUGCUGCAGGUGAAGGAUUUCCUCCUGCUGCAGAGCGCAGGUGGCCACGAGGUCGUGGGAGAUCUGCGCAACGGCGGACAACCCUUUGUCAGUACUGCGGAGCCCAGCUAUGGCGCUGGUAAGUCACGACAGGACUUGAAGUCGGUCGGCGCCCCUUCGCUAUCGCAGCAGGCAGCCGCCGGGCGAGCCCAGCCGUAAGACAAUCUGAUCACCCCACCCCCCCCCUCCUUCCGCUUGCACGUACCCGGCGCGACCUGCGUCCGCGUUCCUUUCAAAACCUUGCGUAUCUACCACGCACAACGGCCGGGCAUUUUGCCCUUCGCACGCCCCUAAGCUGCAUCCCAUCCAGGUUCGUUCCUGGAUCUCCCUUCCCUCACUCGGAUUCUUUCCAAGGAGGAUCCGCCACAAUAGUGCCCCCACUCACUUGGCUCCGUCUGCACGAACCUUGCCCCUCCUCCGGGCUUUAUGCAUGUGAACCUUGCGUGGGGGUCAAGUAAAUCCCCUUUAUAUCG